AUGGAUAACCCAACUUUAUCCAGCAAGUGUCCUGGUUACAACCUGUAUAUUGACGGAUUUCAAGCCUUGCGUCGUCCGAAGGCCCUUCAGGGUUCCAACAUCACCCAUAUUGUUUCAGUCGUGGACUGGAAAUUCCCUCAGGGAUGGGCUCCGCUUCGUGGAUUUCAACAUCUCCGCAUCCCUCUCGAUGAUGUUCAAGAAUCUAAUAUUCUGGCCUACUUUCCUCGCAGCAAUGCCUUCAUUCAUGAAGGUCUGAAUUACUGGGCUGGCAGCCCAUCUUCCAGUCGUGAUGGCCCGCUCCAAGAUCCCGACGGUAUAUCUCGAGAGAGUGGGGUUCUCGUUCAUUGUGCAAUGGGCGUAUCCCGCUCCGCAACCAUCGUAGUAGCGUAUCUUAUGUGGAUCUCGCGCCAACCACAGAGCAUUCGACGGCCUCACCCUAACUCGCAAUCGUCAGCCAAACCCCCAACAUCAGCAGAAUCCGACUCGUCGACGAUGCCGGAAAUGAUCUCAUUGCCCCCGACACCACUGACCGUCGACACGGCGCUUGCGCUCGUACGCCAAUGCCGGCCCCAAGUCGAACCCAACUCAGGCUUCAUCAAGCAAUUGCGUAUGUACGAGGCGAUGGGCUGCCCGACGACACAGGAGCAGCUGGAAUCGCACAAGAUCUACCGGCGAUGGGUGAAUUCGCUCAGCGUGAUGGACGCAUUGAGCGGGAACCGCGCGCCCGAGAUGGCAGACAUCAGUUUCCGGGACGAGGAAGACGAUGAUGACGCCGAUAAAGAGGCUGAUCAGGCAAACAGUACGAUCGGCUCAAUCGGGACCGCGAUGCAGGAUCUCAGCCUCGAGGCCGACGCCAAUGCAAACGCAAACGACCCUGAAAUCACAGACCCGGGCAUCUCAACCUCGUCUCCGUCAUCUACAACCUCUGCCUCGUCCGUGAUCGAACUCAAAUGCCGCAAGUGUCGUCGCCUCAUCGCCAAGUCGAGCUUCAUUAUCCCACACCAACCACCCCUUCACCGGGAUCCAUCAGCCGAGGCUUCAAACGAGUCAUGCGCGCAUGUCUUCCUGCACCCAUUGUCAUGGAUGAGGCCGGUGCUCGCGGACGGUGGGCUUGACGGACGCUUGGCCUGCCCAAACCCCAAAUGCGGCGCAAAUAUCGGUAAGUUCGCCUGGCAGGGACUCCGCUGCAGUUGUGGUGGGUGGGUGACGCCCGGGUUUGGCAUAAUGAAGAGCAAAGUGGAUGAGGUGCGCAGUCCGACCAAGGGCAAAGGAAUUGGCGUUGGCGGGCGGGGUCAGGCGGGGGCGGGACUGGCAGCAGAGAAUGCAAUCAGAUUGCCCCCAGGCAUGAGGAAGGGAGUCAAUGGCAAUUUAUGA